AUGUUAUGUCAGAAAGUCAACACAAGGUCAGGGUCUGGGUUUGGUCAGACGGUCAAAUACUUGACUCUUCUUCAAUUAAGGAGGAUGAUGGAUGGUUGGUUGGAUGGAAGGAAGGAUAAAUCAAACGGUGCCAGUGGACCCUCCCAUGUUUUUUUGAUUGUGAUCAGAAACCUGUCAGCUUGCCACAUACUGCUCACCGCACAAAAUUAA